AUUUUUUAAGUGUAUAGAAGCGUUUAUGCUGAAUGGACUUGUAUAAAAAAGAUCGUAACGUCUGGAAUCAAGUAGUCGUGAUCGAGAGAGCACAGUGAAACACGUCUGUGUUGCGGACGAAAAAUGAAAUACUUUACUUUGUUUAUUUUUGCGGUGCUAGUGGUGUCAGUGUCCUGCCGACCCGACAAGCAGGACCUGAAACAGUUGAAGGCGGAAGCGGCGCGCAAAAAGGCCUGCACCCAGGACUGUAGCAGCGCAAAAUUUGAGCCCAUCUGUGCUGGCAAGCAGGGCGAGAAGCCUAAGUCGUUUGGCAGCGAGUGCGUCAUGAAUAACUACAACUGCGAGCACAAAGACACAUUGCAUAAGAUCAGCAAAGGUGAAUGCCCUGGGUCGGAUGGUAUCCGCUUAUCUUAAGAAUACAACUUCUGUUUCAAGUUACAAUCGUUGUUGUAACGCAUAGCUACGCUCUCUAAACAUUUAUUUGCUUAUUUUUUUUUAUUUAGAGCUUUUAUCAAAGUAACUGUGAUGUAACUAAGCAAUAAGAAAUGUAAUAUUACAAAUUUUAAAAUUACUUAUUCCAUGAACUUUGACCAAUGUAUUUUCCUCGAUCAUACUAAUAAAAUUUUCAGAUUGUGUUUUUUA